UCCGUAAUAUAUCACCGUACCUCGUAAAACCGACACUGAAACGUCCCGGCCUACAAAUCACCGGCCAAAUUAUGAGUUCAUUGUAUUAUGCGAAUGCUUUAUUUUCGAAAUAUACAGCCGGAACUUCUGUUUUUCCAACGGGGGUAUUUUCCGAACCAACUUCUUGCGCUUUUGCCUCAAACUCCCAGCGGUCGGGCUACGGCUCAGGGUCGGCUUCUUACGCAGCCACAGUGCCGGGUCUAUACAGCACAGCCAACAGCCUUCACCACCAGACCCCGACCAUGUACACGUCUCCUUACGGCCUCAACGCCAACUCCUUUAACAUGCACUGUUCUUCAUUCGAUCAUAAUAUCUCAUCAAUGAUGUGCGGCGCUGGGGAAUCCUGCAAGCAGAGUUGCAGCAAGUCGGAGCAAAGAGAGGUAGACCCGCAGUCCGAGAACUUCCGGAUCUACCCCUGGAUGAAGAGCUCAGCCUCAGACAGGAAGCGGGGGCGUCAGACUUACACCCGGUAUCAGACCCUAGAGUUGGAGAAAGAGUUUCACUUCAACCGCUACCUCACCAGACGGAGACGCAUCGAGAUUGCACACGCUCUCUGCCUGACUGAAAGGCAAAUUAAGAUCUGGUUUCAGAACAGGAGAAUGAAAUGGAAGAAAGAAAGUAAAGUCACCAGUCCAACUGAUGCAGGCGAAGAAAAGCAAGAAGAAUGAAGAAAAAAAUUAAACUUCUAAAAACUUAGACCAUAAUCAAUGACUUUUUAACAAAUGGAGGAAUUUGUUCCGCAUUUCUUAACACUGAAACAGAAUACUACCUAAAUCUGUAAUUGUUCGAUUUGUAGUUUGUAUUGUACAGAUAGAGGGAAUAACCCAAGUCUAUAUUGUACAAGUUAUAUAUAGUAUGUGCGUUAGGCUUUCUGAUGUGGUGACUUGGCCGGUAUUGUAAUUAGCAUUAAUUUACCAUGUGUAUUUAAAGGAAAAAUUGUCAGUGACUUUAUAUUUGUUACUGUAUUGAUGUAAUUUCUUGUUAGUAAGUAUAGUUUCGAAAAGGAGCUGUGUGUAGUCACAACCCGUGUACAGUUUAUUAAUGUGUGUCCCGUAUAAACUCCUGUUAUAGUUAAAUAUAUAAAAUGGCGUUCUCGUGAAAGUAUUGAGGGUUACUUCUCUGUACAUUUUUAAUAUUUAAGAAUGGACCAUUUAUGUUUGUUGAGUUUACCCGCUUUACCAUGAAGGAUGUAAACUGUUCUGUGAAA